UCCUAACCAAGAUUGAGAGGCACCAGCUAAUGUUUAGGUCAUGUCAAUGUGUUACGAAUAAAUAUGAAUGAAACUUGAGUGAGUGCGUGAUCACUCGCCUUCUCCUAUCUCUGCUUCUGCAACUUCUGCUGCCUUGUUGUAUUGUAAUUUGUAAACCUUAGGCCAUUACUCUUUUCUCUUCUCUUCUAUAUUCCCAUCUAUCUGCAUAAUUAAAAUGAACGGAGUGGUGGGGCUCAGAUUCCGUCCAACUGAAGAAGAAAUCAUCACGUAUUAUCUUGAACUAAAGAUGAGCGGCCAACAAUUCCCUUUCCCUGCAGUUAAAGAAGUCGAUAUCUGUAAUUACAAUCCUUGGGAAUUGCCUGAGCAAUCGAUAAUGCGAGAUGAUCAAGUGUGGUACUUUUUCAGUGCACCUUCCAAAAAGUAUGCCAACAGUGAUCGAGCAGACAGAGCAACUAGAGAGGGAACUGGAUCCUGGAAAAUUACUGCUAAGGAUCGCGAGGUGAAGAACAAAAGUACUGGAGAGGUAAUCGGUAUAAGAAAGACUCUGGUUUUCUACAAAGGUCGUAAUCCUGGUGCAAUUAGAACCGGCUGGGAGAUGCAUGAAUAUCAUUCCAACAACGCCGCUUCUUAUCAGAAGGAAUUUGUCUUUUGUCGCCUAAAAUUCAAAUUCCAUGACAAGUCGGCUGCUUUGCCAGAUGAAGCAAUCCAUUUCUGGCCUUUAAAAGAUUGGUAUGUUGCAGCACAAAGCAUUGGCUCACCAGUAAACGACGCUGAAGAUGAUCAACAAAGUUCCCGUUCGGCUUCUAGUUUGAGAAAUUAAAGGCAGAAAUUUCGAUUCAACAGAUGGAGUCCGAAGGGGAUUUGGCAAAUGGCAUGUCCAUCAGGAAAGAAAGGCAACAGGACAGCUAAAGGAUGUAAUGCAGUUAGGUUAAUUUUAAAUUAGUCAUAUGGGAAAUGUUAUGUUUUCAGGAGAUGUAAUAAAAAUGUAUUUACAUUACAUGUGUGAUUGAUUUGUGAACA